AUGUCAGGCCGACAAAUAUCCUAUGGCCGCGGAGGCGCAGGCAACAUAAGCCGCCAGCAAAGCGCCCCUUCGCCCCGAGACCUGCUCACCCCAACAAUCAAACAAGAAGUCUACACAACCGGGCGCGGCGGCUCAGGAAACAUGGUGGUCAACGACCCCGACCGGCCCGAGCUUGCGCGCGAACUCCAAGACGUUGAGUCGCCGCCGCUGCGUGCGCAGCAACUUCCCCACCACACUGGACGAGGUGGUGUUGCAAAUGCCUACAUCCCCACGCCCGAAGAGGAAGAACACGAGAAGAAGAUCCAUGAACAGGAAGCCGAGCUCAUGCGUGUGCGCACCCAGUCCAAGGAUCGUGUUAAAGAGCUUGAGCACGAGAGGCAGGAGUUGCGGAAGGAAUCGCCUUCGGCUUGA